AUGCUUCCUUUUAAUGUCUACACGACGUUACUGGUCGGCUUUUCCACCAUAGUCCUGGGGUGUGUUUUCAAUUCAUGGACUGUACAUGUCAACCUUGUGGAUUGGAGACGAGGCCUCCGCCUGAGCCCAUCUGAUCAAAUUCUCAGUCUUAUGGCUGCGAUAAACAUUCUGCUACAGAUCGUGCUGAGCGUGGACAUGUCUCUCCUACAACUCCUCCAUGUUUACAUGUUUGGUCAGUUUCACCGGCUAUUCAUCGUCCUUUCCAUUUCUCUUGUCACCUGCAACCUUUGGGUCACCACUUGGCUCUGCACUUACUAUUGCCUGAAGAUCGUCAACUUUUCCAGAGGGAUUCUGCUGGCUUUGAAGAUGAGAAGUUCUGCCUUGGUACCGAAACUUUUAGUUGCAUGUGUUAUCCUGUCCUUCGGUAUGACGAUGGUCUCACACUGGAACAUCUACAUGAAAUGCUACAAGGGGAUCACUGGAAAUUCAACAGGUGACCCCGCUGAUUACAUUUGUUACCUGGAGGUCCAAGAAGGUUAUCGCAUUGCUGCAUUUGUAGCAUUAAUUCUGCCGCUCCUGUUGACUUUGGUACCGAUAGGAGUGACGCUGGCCUCUCUCUGGAGACACACCAGGAGGAUAAAGAAGAAUGAGACCGAAUCAUGUCGCCCUCAGACACAAGCCCAUGUCAGGGCAGCCCGGACCAUGAUCCUGCUGGUCACCCUGCACACGGCUUUUUAUGGCGUCGUAUUUUCUUUCUUCGUCAAAUCGUUCAAUGUAUUGGAGGUCGGCAUGCUCUUUUCUUGGUAUUUUGUCUUGCUCUACCCCAUGAUGCAAUCUGUUGUAAUAAUAACAGGCAAUUCAAAACUCUGGAAAGCUUGCCACAGGAUCUUCAGCCCAAAACGCAUCCCAUCCACUGGCUGA